CGGUUUGAAUGCGGGGAGGCCCCAGAAACGCAACCGGCGGCAGCGACGAGUCCCCGAAUCGAUCUCCCAACCUCCCCGGCCGCGGCAGCGGCUUUGUGGACUCACACCAAUGGCUGGCAGGUACGUAGCGAGCUAGGACACGGCCACUCCAUGGCACCUCCUCCUCCCGGCAUCGCCUUGUAGGAACUUCCCGCCGUUAAUUUCCCUCCACUCAAGCCAGCGCUGAGGAUGCCGACGGCCAACGGCCCAGCUGUGCCACUGGGCAGCCUCCAGCAGCAGCUGGAGCUGCGCCUGGUCUGCUCCAAGUGCAGCGUGAAGGAGAAUGAGAUCACCUACCUGCUGCGGGAGGUGGAGCACAAGUGCAUGUACGAGAUCCUCCUGGCUCGCUGCCGUGGGCACAGGAGCUCAGCUUGGAGGAAGGUGUCGCGGCGACCAGGCUUCCUCCACCCAGCCCGCUACACCGUCUGCCGCUACUACAGGGUGGGGCUGGGCUGCAGGAAGCACAAGAGCCAGUGCACCUUCGCCUGGAGCCCGGAGGAGGCCAUGGUCUGGAAUUUCGAGCGGGAGCAGCAGGUGGAGCGGGGGCAGCUGAAGGCAGCGGUGCUGCAGGCGCAGCUGGGGGGUCAACCCACCGUCCCCAACCCCCCAGCCAGCGCUGCCGGUGAGAUUGCCAGCGAGUUCGGGGGACAGUUCCAGGAGAUCUGCAAGCAUUGCUUCUUGGGCUGCCCCCAGCGCAUCUUGGCGGGCGGGAAGGGGCAGCUCUGCGAGUCCCACCGGACCUGGGACCCUCUCCUGGUGCACGUGGUGUCGGACAACCGGCGGCAGCGGCAGUACACGGCCAUCCGGCCCUGCCCCGAUCUCAUCCCCACCCUCAGCUACUGCCGCUUCGUGUCGCGGGGCCAGCCCUGCAAGCACGGCGCCCAGCGCUGCCGCUACGCGCACAGCGAGGUGGAGAUGGCUGUCUGGAAGGCCGAGAGGCAGCAGGGCCUGCUCCGCUCCGACCUCCUGCCGCCGGCCCCGGGCACCUGCAGUGCCAACGGCGAGACACCGGCGCCCGUGCACUUCUACUGCCGGCUCUGCCUGGUGACCUUCAGCUCGCAGGAGAGCUUCGAGAGCCACUGCUCCUCUGUGGAGCACAUGCAGAUGCUCUCGGUCGAUACCUCCGUCCAGUGGGUCCACCGUGCCCCGCCGCUCGGCACGACCAGGUUCUCGCUCUGCAGCAGAGCGGAGGUGUGUGAAAUGGGGAAGAGCUGCACCCAGGCUCACUCGCCUGAGGAGCUGCAGGAGUGGAUCCAGAGGGUGAAGGUGGCUGCAAGGAAAAGGAAGCAAGCGCUGAAGGAAGGACUCUUGUCCUAUCAGGAUCGGCUCAUUGCUGAGUACCAGACGUGCUCCAACGAAGUGUUGAUUAUGGCUGAGCACGUCGAGGGUGUCCGAGUCGUGUGUGAGCAGCCCCUGGACGUGCAAUCGGAGGACAGGGGGAUGAAGUACCAGUGGAAGUUCAGGAUCUUCUCCCAGAUGCCCUUACAGCAUGUGGCGCUACUGAAGCGGCAGCCUGGAGUCACCUUCUACCUGUUGGGGAAGGGACGUUCCAGGGACCUCCACUACCUCCGUGGGGAGCAGGUGGCCACCCUGCCUUCCUCUCCGCCCACCACGCUGGUGGAGGUCUGCAUGGAGUGCUGUGCCUUGGGGGUCUUCGAGCAGUGGGUGGUCUUCGACUUCGGCAGCCGCCCCGUCCUCAGGCAGAAGAUCAAGGUGAAGGUGGGUCGGCGGGAGACCCCCCGGCACGUCCCCGGCAGCAGGGAGAGCAUCCGCCCCGUCAACUUCGUCCGAUGGGAUAGAGGGAACCGGUUCAUCGUUCCCAGUGUGCCGAGGACCAGUGAAGAUGUGGAUCUGCUGGCCAAGUACAAGCCUCCUGCCCUCGCACUGGACUACCAGCAGGAGCGCGGGGUGCCUGUUCCCAUCACCCGUCUCAACUACCGUGAGAGGAUGCACAGCUUCCUCUUCCGUGAGGAAGAAGCUGAACAGGCUCUGGUUGCCAAACUCAACCUGCGGGUCCUCAUCUCCCUGACCCCCAUGCUGCAAAGCCUCUCCAUGGGGAUGAAGUGUUCCGUCUCUGGCGAGCUCUUUGCUGAAGUGCCUACCCCUUACAACCUCUCGCCGGACACAGACGAGGGGUAUCUGCUGAGCAGGUCUGUGCCCACUGCCUUCCUGGCACUUGACCCACCUGAAGACAAUCGAGUUUACGAGGUUACUGUGGAGCAUAAAGCCACCACGGAGAAGACCAUCUGGUUACAGAUACCAAAGAGAUGCUGCUCGGAGCUGAACUUCAAGCCAAACACCUUCCACAAGGUGGAGAUCCAGUUCCAAAUCGACCAACUGCUGUUCCGGCAGUGGCACCAGGCUGUGGACCGCCUGUUGGAUGAGAAGCUGGUCCUACCAGAUGUUGCCAGUUGCUCUAUCCCCUACUCUCAUGGGUCACCAGAGAAAGGGAAUAGCAAGCAGAAACUAGCCAUCUCCUUCAUCACAGGCCAGGCAACUACCAGCCGGCAGGUCCCACCUCUUCUCAUCUACGGGCCUUUCGGCACAGGAAAGACAUUCACCUUGGCCAUGGCCACCAUAGAGGUCCUCAGGCAGCCCAAAGCACGGGUUCUGAUCUGCACUCACACUAACAGUGCUGCUGACAUCUACAUCCGGGAGUAUUUCCAUAACUACGUGAUCAAUGGGCACCCAUGGGCUGUUCCCUUGAGGAUUAUAUCCACGGACCGUCCCAUCAGCAUGACGGACCCCAUCACCCAGAUGUACUGCUGCCUCUCUCCGGACCAGCGCUCCUUCCGGCACCCCAUGCGGGAGGAGAUCGACAGGCACCGCAUCAUCAUCACCACCUCCAUGUUAUCCAAGAACCUGAAGGUUCCCUCAGGCUACUUCACCCACAUCAUGAUCGAUGAGGCUGCCCAGAUGCUGGAGUGUGAAGCUUUGGUCCCACUCUCUUACGCCACUUUAGAGACCCGGAUUGUCCUUGCUGGGGACCACAUGCAGAUAACCCCAAAGCUCUUCUGUGUCGGGGGUGGACAAUCGGCUGAUCACACCCUGUUAAACAGACUCUUUCAGUUUUACCAGAAGGAGAGGCAUGAAGUGGCCACCAAGAGUAGGAUCAUCUUCAAUGAGAAUUACCGUUCCACUGCAGGCAUCAUUGAGUUUGUCUCCAAGCACUUCUACAUUGGCAAUGGCAACGCAAUCCAGGCCAGUGGGAACAUCCCACCCCAUCCUGAAAUCUACCCACUCAUGUUCUGCCAUGUGUGUGGUGUGGCUGAAAGAGAUAUGUCCAUGAUUUCUUGGCACAAUGCCUCUGAGAUAAUUCAAGUGACUGAGAAAGUGAAGGAGAUCCACCAGAGGUGGCCAGAUGAGUGGGGUGUCCGAGAUGUGAAGAGGAUCUGUGUGGUCUCCCAUGGGAUGCAGGUUUCUGCAAUAAGACAAGAGCUGAGAAAGAAGCAGUUACAAGAUGUGGUGGUAGAAAACUAUGAGAACUUGCCAGGGCGGGAGUUCCGGGUCAUCAUCAUCAGCACGGUCCACACCAGCGAGAGCCUGCGCGUCUCGGCCUCCCACCACCUCGAGUUCUUCAACGAAGCCAGAGUGCUCAACACCAUCAUGACCCGGGCCCAGUCGCUGGUGGUGGCGGUGGGGGAUGCUGUGGCCUUGUGCUCCCAUGGCCAGUGCAGCAAGGUCUGGAAGCGCUUCAUCCAGCAGUGCAUCGAGAAGGGGAGUGUCUUCCCAGAGAGCCUGACGAUGGCCCAGAUCAAACAGGCUGCAUGUGACAAGGAGAGCUGGAGUAGGAGGAGCCCAGAGGGGGACGAGGAGGACAGUGACACGGAUUCCUGGAGCUCAGAGGCCGAGAGCAUGAAUCCUGAUGAUCCCAUCCUCCAGGAGCUCUUAGAUGAGAGCAAGAAUGUGCUGGUGACGGUGUCAGAAGAAGGGCUGCUGAAUGUGAAGUCUGAGGCUGCAAACCUGUGGGAAGGCAGGCAGGAAUAUGUCAGCUUCUCUUCUCAGAUGAUGCAGGAAUAUCUGCUCAUGCACCCCAAAAUGUACAAGAGGUGCGAGCUGAUCAAAGAAGGGUUUGACAGAGCUUCUGCCUUCACCCUCAACGACUCUCCUGGGAUGAACAUUCAGAUCAAGGGCAGGGUUCACUGUGGAAUGGCCUUCACUGGGGACGAGGUGCUGGUGGAGCUCCUGCAGGGCAGCACAGCUGACAGCAGCCACCGCCCUCAGGGGAAGGUGGUGGGCAUAUUGAAACGCGCCGAGAAAGAACGGACCUUCAUCUGCAUGAUGGAUGAGUUUGAUCCCCGGGUGAUGAUACCCAUUGAUCCCACUGUCACCAAAAUAUUUGUCCCAGGGCUGAAAGAGAAGCCCAACGUCAUUCCCAUCCGCAAGCUGGUCAAUGGGAAGUACAGGGUUGUCAGCUGUGAGAAGAUCAGCCACGAGAAAAGGAGAAGGCAGCUCUUCUGUGUCCAGGUCAUCUCCUGGAGGGAAGGGUUUUACUACCCUUUGGGUGUAAUAACAGAGGUUCUACAUGCGGCGUUGACUUUGGAAGAAGGCCUAAAGAUCCUGGACUUGGAGUAUGGUUUGGAGAAUAAAUACCCAGCUGCUGUCACCAGGGAGUCAGCCAAAUACACCUCCAGCAGUAAAAUAAAUGUCACCAAGGAGAAUCUGAGGGACUGUCGGGGUUACCCCACCUUCACUGUCGACCCCCAAGGUGCCAGGGAUUUGGACGACGCUGUCAGCGUCAGGGAUCUUGGGCAGCACUACGAGAUUGGGAUCCACAUUGCAGACGUGGCUGGCAUCAUUCCCAAAGGCAGCGCCUUGGACCUGGAAGCGAAGAAGCGAGGUGUCACCUACUAUGCUCCCAACCAGGAGCCCGUGUGCAUGUUCCCACCCCACAUUAGCCAGGAUGUCUGCAGCCUCCUGCCACAGAAAGAGCGUCGGGUCAUCUCCUUGUUUGUCACCGUAGAAAAGAAGACUGGUGAGAUUUUAAAGGGCAUCUUCACCAUCUCUGUGAUCUGCUCAGACAGGCAGCUGUCCUACGAAGAGGCGGAGCUCUACAUCAAGGACCGCUACAGGGGAGCAGCAGGGACCCUUCGUUUCAACACCCUGGAGGACUGUGUGGCUGUGGCUUAUCACUUCUCCAGGAUCCAUCGGAAGCGUCGGCUGCAGGAGGACUGUUUCUAUGACCAGCUGGAUGAGGGGAGCUCCCCAGGUAACAGGGAAUCCCAUCAGAUGAUAGAAGAGUUAAUGAUCAUGUUCAACAGUUUCGUGGCAGCGUUCCUCACCAACAAGGAGGACACCAGAACUGUCACUCCUCUGCGGUGUCAGUGUGAGCCGAGCCUUCAGCAGUUAACAGCCAUGAAAAACAAGUACAGCCACCUUGUUCCUUUUUCCAUCCAUCUCACACACCACCUGGGAGAGGUGCGUCCUGGCCAAAACCCCUCUGACAAUGUGGAGUUCAGCCUCCUGGCCCCCAUCUGGGAGCACCUGCUGUCAGCCAUUAGGGUCCGUGACUUCCCCAAGAUGCUAGACCUUAUUGUCACUGAUGACAUCCACCCGAAGCUGGCUCCCGUGGCCCUGGAGUUCAGGAGGCUGCUCAGCCGCUCCUAUUUCAGCUGCUCCAACUCCACUGUCCAGUCCAAAGCAGGUCACUACUCCCUGCACGUCGACUCGUACACCUGGGCUUCCUCUCCCAUCCGCCGCUACAUGGACGUGGUGGUUCAGCGGCACCUUCAUUCCGUGCUCCGCAAGAAGCCCGUGGUCUAUUCCGUGGAUGACAUUGAGUUUCUCUGUCAUGAAUUCAACAGGAAGAAUUCCAAGGCAGUGACAUACGAGAAGAAAGCCCGCAGCCUGCAGAUGGCCACCCAGCUGAAGGGCCAGGUCCUGCAGAAGAUUGCCUUCGUAGUGGAUAUUGAAGGGACGAAUAAGUACUUUAAAGCCCUGUUUCCACUGAACAAAGAGAGCCUUCCAGAUCCCCAGAUAAUUAACUACAGGUCUCUCCAGCUGAUAGAGCAGCCCAUCUUCAUCCAGCAGCGCAACUGCAUGAGGCUGACGUGGAAGAGGAGGAUGUACUCUGUGGAGACAAUAAAGGAGCACAGCCUGCAGGAAGGACCAGUCCGCGACCACAGCAUCACCCUGGUUGGCAGCCAGACCUGGCAGGAUGUGCUGGCAGCCAUCAAGCGUGAGGAUCUGGAGACUGCAGCCACCCUCCUUGGGAUGAGCAAGGACCGAUACCAGAGGCACACGGGCUGGGUGAGGCAGAGCCAGUGCUCGCACUACGUGGAACUCUUCCUGGAGCUGAGCGCCGGCGACGCGCUGCAGUUCCAGCUCACCACUGAUAUCUACCGGGGUUUCCUGGUGCCCUCUGUGCAGCUGUGGUGUGUUACACCUGGGUUUGACAUCUGCCUGCAGCACACAGAGAAGCCCAUUGACUGCUUCUCCGCCUAUGCCACCCUGCCAUCCAAAGACAAGUACAAGCACACGAUGGAGUACAGCAAGAUCUGGAUGCCCAUGAGUGCCAUGGAGUCUGCUUCAUGUGCCGUGGCUGAAAAUGACUCCAUUGUCCUCCAGAAAGUCAAAAUAACCUGGGCAAAGCAAAGGACAAGGAAAGGACAGCUGCAAGGGAGUUUUGUCGUAGACAAAAAAUUUUUGGAGGAGUGCUCCAUUGAAAUGGACUUCAACCACUGUUACUUGUGCAUUCGCUUAGGUGGGCUGAAGCUUGAGAGCCUUCAAAGCGAGGAGGAGUGCCUUAUCCAGGGCCUCCAGAACCUGACUUUUUUUAACAAGGGCGGGUCAGAAGACAAGCUGAUGGUUGAUCCAGAUACCUACACCUGGGUGGCUCAUGGUGUCACUGAAGAGUCUGACGACAAUGAGAAGUCAGACAGGACUGCUCAGUGUACUAUAAACUUCUACAUCCACUACAUGUCUAUGGAGAACAUCCCUGUGGAGAUCUCGCAGGCCUCUGCCAGCUUCACAGUGGAGCUCAUACCCAAGAUGCUGCCAGACAUACGGAAGGAGAAGGCAAUUUGGAAGCUCAGCUAUGCUUCUGACCUUGCUAAAAGCAUUGCCCUUGGCCAUGAACCUCCUAAAAGAGCAGUGACAAUGUCCAAAAUCCUGCAGCAAAAAUCCUUUGAUCUCCUUGGCAGCCUCAGGAAACUUAACCAGAGUCAGAACCAGGCGAUUCUAAAUGCUCUGAGGAAACCCUUCACACUCAUCCAAGGGCCACCAGGCACAGGAAAAACUGUUGUUGGAACUCACAUUGUCUACUGGUUCCAUGAGCUGAAUGAGAGGAAUGAGGGGCAAACACCACCUUUGAAGUCUGAAGACAAAGAGGACAAGAGGAAGUGCAUCUUGUACUGUGGCCCAUCCCACAAGUCUGUUGAUGUUGUUGCUGGGAUGCUGCUGAAGAUGAGGAACCUGAAACCGCUGAGGGUCUAUGGGGAGGCCAUAGAGACCAUGGAAUUCCCGUACCCGGGCAGCAGCCGGAACCUCUCCCGCAAAUCCCUGCGGGAUGCCAAACCAAACCAGGAGCUCAGGGAAAUAAUCCUGCAUUACCGCAUCCGGAAGCCACCCAACCCAUUCUCGAAGAAGAUCUGUGACUUUGAUUCUCGGAUGAAGAGAGGACUGCAGAUCACAGAAGAUGAAGUAAAGAAGUACAAAUCCUUUUUGUCAUCUGCUCGUCAGUAUGAGCUGUCAAAGCACGAUGUCAUCCUGUGCACGUGCUCUUCUGCAUCUGCCGGUGCCCUGGAGCAGCUCAAUGUCAAGCAGAUAAUCAUCGAUGAGUGUGCCAUGUCCACAGAACCAGAGACCCUCAUCCCUCUGGUCAGCCACCAACAUGCUGAGAAGGUUGUUUUGCUUGGGGAUCACAAACAGCUGCGGCCUGUGGUCAACAAUGACUUCUGCAAGAGCCUUGGCAUGGAGACGUCUCUUUUUGAGCGCUACCGGCACCAGGCGUUGAUGCUGGACACUCAGUACCGCAUGCACAAAGGGAUCUGCGCGUUCCCCUCCCAGGAGUUUUAUAAUGCACGGCUGAAAACGUGUCCCGAGCUCCGCCGCGAGGCCAGCGUGUUCCACCACAAAGAUAACGGGUGCUGCCCUGUCAUCUUCGGGCACGUGGAGGGGAAGGAGCAGUCCCUGGUGAUUUCCACUGAGGAAGGAAACGAGAACUCCAAAGCUAACCCAGAAGAAGCGGCACAGGCGGUGAGGAUAGCGAAGCAGCUGACACUAGAUGGCACCAUCCGGCCGGAGAAAAUCGCCGUCCUCAGCCCCUAUAACGCCCAAGUGUCCGAGAUCAGCAAGGGCCUCAUGAAAGAGGGCAUCCGCGGGGUGACCGUCUGCACCAUCAUGAAGAGUCAAGGAAGUGAGUGGAGAUAUGUGAUCCUGUCCACUGUACGCUCCUGUCCCCGGUCGGAGAUUGAUCGGAAGCCCACGAAGAGCUGGCAGAAGAAGUACCUGGGGUUUGUUACCGACCCAAACCAGGUCAAUGUCGGCAUCACGCGAGCUCAGGAAGGACUCUGCAUUAUAGGGAACCGGUACCUGCUGGAGUGCAACCCCUUGUGGAGGAGGCUGCUCCAGCACUACCUACAGCACCGCUGCUACACCACAGCCCAGGGGAUUUGUAUCAGGAAGACUCCAAGCCUCCGGCGGUGAGGGUAGGUCCUACCUCCAGGAGGCCAUCCCUCUCUCCCUGAACUGCAUUCUGUGUGCCUUGGGAAGGACACAAUCUGUCCCUGGUGUCAUGACCCAUGGAGCCAAACGCAGCAGGGGGGACUCGGGCUCUUCCCCUGCAGCGCGGGCCCCGGCGUCUUGGGGAUUCUUCGUCAGCGCAACCUUGGACAGGGACUUCCAGCUCUAGCAAACCAAAAAGCAUUGGAAAUGGAUGGAUGGGUGCGUGACUUUCUUGAGGAUGACAGGGUUUUUUUAAUGGUAAGAUGCUCAGCAGAGCCACCCCUCCCAUCCUACCUGCCAGUGCAGCUGCGCUUUGGGGACCAAAUACUCGGUUCAUUCAUCAAGGGUGGAACAACUGCAAGGACUGUGGGCAGCAGAGUUGCUGUGUGCCACAGAGGACCAAAGCUUCAGAGGACUGCCACUCAUUUUUAAACCAAGGCCAAGGAAUUUUUAAGGCUUUUCGUUUCUCGAAGCAGAAAAUCCACUUGCUUUGUUUUAAGUUGUUGUUGUUGUUGUUGUUGUGUGUUUUUUAAAGUGAAGGAGGAAAGCAAAGAGAGAGCCACGUGCUGCUCUUUGUCUGGCCAAAACGCUGUUCUCUGAGCAUAUAAAUAGCACAGAUCCAAGGCCAAGUUGAUUGUGUAAAUAGAUUUACUUAGUCUUUGUACAAAAGAGAUUGUCCUCACCAGUAUAAGUUAGUGAAAAGUGAGGACCCCUCUGCCCAGGAAAUGUUGGAAUUUUUAAGCAUAUUUUAAACUGUUCAGAGUUUUAUUUGAAAUCUCCUGGAAGAGCCACCUCCUUUCCUACCCCAUAUUUUGUUUUUUUAAAGCUGCUUCUAAUUUAUUAACUUUUAACUCUAUGAAUUCAUUUCAUGGCCUUACGGCCUGAGUCUUUAAGAGCGGGGAUGGCAGUUUGAUCCAUGUACCAGAGCGUGUGUGUGUGUAUGAUCUAUCCUUUUUAAUUUUAAGUAGCCAAACUGCUGUGAACUGGGAGAUUCUCUGGAGGGAGCUGCCUCUGCCCUGUGCUGCGUGGCUGGUGCAGAUGCACAGGGUGAAGUGGUGCUCUCUGCUGAAUCAUGGAGCUGCUUUUUGAAGCGUGGUAUUUUUGAGGAAGGGGUGUCUUUUAGCUCAUUUCAAUUCUGAAUGUAGGAAGUGCCUGCCUCAGAUCCCCCCCUGGAGCAUAUACUUGGCUGUCUCUACAUGUUCACGUGGGAUGGAGCCAAGAUGCAAUCAGGGUGGUUUUGCACCAAGCAGAUACUGUGCUGGGACACGAGCCCUCCUUGGUGUGAGGGUCCCCGUGACCUCACAGCCCUGUGGCAGGGAGUUUUGUCCCAUGUUUGCAGUGGAAAAUGCAGCGUGGCUUUCCCAGCUUGGAGGAAUGUGCAAUAAGAAAGUGUUUUGUCUGGAGAAGUCCUUAUUUAACGCUGUGUUCCUCCUUACGACUCUCUUAGACUUGAUUCAAGAACCUAGGGAGAAAUAUUGUCAUUCUCUUCCUUAUUUUAAACUACCUUCCUGCACUUCUGCACUGGGUGGGUUUGAUCCCUAUGCUAGAGCCCACCCAGGCUUGUCCUACUGAAGUGUAACAAUGAGCAUAUGGCUCGUGAUUCCAUAAGGGACAGAAGUCCAUAGGAAGGACCUCCUGCUGGUGCUAAAGAUGCUUGAUAAGAGCUGGUGAGAUGUAAAGUUCAUUGUUCUUCUUUGAAGUCACCCCAGCUGGGAGCUGAAAAGAUUCCACACCAGCCUGAUUUUGCAAAUAAUAUUGCAAUUCCAAACUAAGCUCCUCUGGGAAUUGUUUUGCAGACUGCUGAAAUGCAAUGGUGUAUCUCCAAGAUGAUGUGGAGAAUUGCAAAAGAUGCAGGAAUUGUUGGGAUAAAUCCUUUAGUGUAGUGCCAGCAUCAUUCUAACAAAGUCACCUUGGUCCCUUUAGAACCAGCAGGUCUUAUUUUCACCAUCUAAUGCAAGUGGAGAGACUCUCCUCUGAUUGUUUUGGGUUUUUUUUUCUGGUUAUUUCAUGACAUUUCAUGACAUUUCAUUACAAAUGAGACUCACCCCACAUGUAGUGGCUGAGUCCAGUGUUCUUGUGUGGGGUUUGGCCACAUUUUUGUCUAGACCAAGAGAGAAACCUCACAAAGCAUCUCUUUGCUCUCAGUGGGGAAAAAAUGUUUACUGCUGCUCUUUGGAGGGUAAAGCCUGGACAGAAACGCUUUGCUUGGUCACUUCUGUGUUACAAGAAAAUGUACAUUUUAUUUUUGUUUCCCUCUGAAGGUGUAUUUUGUAACUGGUGUUAAGAAACCACUACCCUAGAGCACCCAAAGAGCAGAAAUAGCCAGGCUGGACUCUGGGGCUGCCUGGGCUGUGAGCAGGUACCUGCAGAGUUGGUGACAAAGCUGCCAAAGUCAGGGAUAGCAGGAAGUGCAAUUAGUCAUAUUUUUAAUAGACUGUUAGUGACAGCUGGAUAUCAUGUUCUUGUCCUUAUGCUCACGGAUAGAGAGAAUCAUAGAGGUUAAUGUAGGGGGAAAAGUUCAAAGUCGUCUGUUUGCAUCUGAAUUUACUUUUGAAAGAAUGUUUAUGUUUAAGCACAUGUUCUUAAAAUACUUACAAGAAACGAAACCCACCAAAGCUUUGGUGAUUCCCGCAGCACGGGGUGUCUGUCCCAGCACAGGCUCUACGGUUCCUGCAGCUCACAGACAACAGGACAUUGUUGCAGGACACACAUGCUGGUUCAUCCAACAGGAUAACUUGAUUCCCUCAGCACCAGCUGGAGCUGGAGCCCAGGAUGAGCCUUGGGAACCUGCCAGGUGUUGGUCUGUGAUGGUCUGUGCGGCUGCAGCCGUCGCCCUGUGUCCAGCAGGGAAAUUCCAGCAGUCCAGAGCUAGGAGACCUCUCCUUGGCUCUGCUGGCACAGGAGAAGCCCACUGGGCUGUUUUCUGAGGAUUUGGACAGGUUUGUGUAGGACAAUCAAUUUUCUGCAAUAAAUUGUUUGAUUGUUUUUUAAAUAGGAAUGAAAUGUUAAGUCUCAUGAAGUAUAAAUGAAGGAACCCUCGAUGUGGCAGGUUUUUAUCUUUUGUAUGUCUGUGACUUGCAGCAAACCUCAAAUGAUGUUUUGGAUACAAAUAUUUUUACCUGCUUCUACCAUUUCUAUGAAUGAACCUCAACAUUCCUCUUUUUUUUAUAUUUAAGCCAUAAUUGUAAGAAUGAUUUGAAUUUAUUUAAGUAAUAAAUUUUAUUACUGGAA